AUGACCGACUACAAGUUUGAAGGAUGGCUGGGCCACUCCCCCGAGAGCGUCAAGGGAAAGAUGGAAUGGGGCGCGUUCGAGCCCAAGAAGUGGACGGAGGACGACGUCGACAUUGAGAUCUCCCACUGCGGUAUUUGCGGUUCCGACCUUCACAUGCUGCGCUCAGGCUGGUCCGAGACCCCUUAUCCUUGCUGCGUCGGCCACGAGAUUGUCGGCAAGGCCGUCCGCGUCGGCAAAAAUGUUAAGCACGUCUCCGUCGGUGACCGCGUCGGUGUUGGUGCUCAGGCCCGUUCCUGCAUGCAGUCCGACUGCCCCGAGUGCUCCACCGGUCGUGAGAACUACUGUGGUCGCGCGAACGUCAGCACCUACGGAUCCGUCUAUCCCGAUGGUGAGGGCAAGUCUUAUGGUGGUUAUGCCGAUUACAACAGAACCAAUGGACAUUUCGUGAUCAAGAUCCCCGAAAGCCUGCCGUCAGAAGAUGCCGCGCCAAUGCUUUGCGGAGGCAUCACGGUCUUCUCACCGUUGAAGAACAACGCUUGCGGACCCGGCAAGACUGUUGGCAUUGUAGGCGUUGGUGGACUAGGACACUUUGGUGUGCUCUUCGCCAAGGCCUUGGGCGCCGACAAGGUUAUUGGUAUCUCGCGUAAAGCCUCGAAGAAAGAUGAGGUUCUGAAGCUGGGUGCCGAUGAGUACAUUGCUACAGACGACGACAAGGAUUGGGCCAAGAAGAACGCUAGGAGCAUUGACCUCAUUGUUUCUACUGUAUCAAGUGAGAAGAUGCCUCUUCAGCAAUACUUGACGCUCCUCAAGGUCAACGGUACCUAUAUCCAAGUUGGUGCUCCGGACGGUGGCAACCUUCCUCCUAUCAAUGCUUUCACUCUUCUUAUGAGCGGCAUCAAGGUCGGUGGCAGUGGCAUCGGAUCACCCUCUGAAAUCAAGGAGAUGCUGGACCUGGCGGUCGAGAAGAAGGUGAAGCCUUGGGUUCAGAAGCGUCCCAUGAAGGAUGCCAAUAAGGCGAUUGUUGAUAUGGAGGCUGGGCAUGCUCGCUACAGAUAUGUUCUGGUCAAUGAGAAGCAUGCUAAGCUUUGA